AUGGCACAGGAGCACUGUGCUAUCAUGGGUGGCUAUUUGGCGUUUCCCAUGAAUGCCGAAGAAAACUCGUUCAUCAACCAGAUGGCGAAAAAUCAGCAGGUGUGGUUAGGAGGAGACCUGAUCGGCCAUAACGGCAUAUUCUUCACCAGUGGCAGCGCGCCCGAGGGAGAUCGUGCCAUUGUUCAAACUUUCUGGAGAAGCGGCGAGCCGAACAACCCAGUGAUUGAACAAUGCAUUCAGAUGCUCAGCGGUGCGGUGUGGAACGACCGAGGCUGCGCGCUGCUUUACAGUUUCGUGUGUCAGUUCCCAUACGCCGGCGCCUGCGUAGGGCUACCUCAUCCUGCUUUCCCUGACCUCAAAUGCUUUAAAAAAGUUUGA